AGGGUGUGUUGGUGACUAUACUGGAUGCUUAGUUGCUGACACAACAUGCUGUCCCCAAUAAACAGCAUUUAUCUCAAAGAUCACUGCUAUUAGGACAUACUAAAAUAAUGCUUUUGCUCCAUAAGUCACAAGCAUAUCCAUAAUUUGUGGAAAGCACGGUGUAAUGCAUUUAAUGUGUUCUUGUGUCUUGUAGUGAAAAAUAAAAUAUGGAUACCUUAAGUGAACUGAGAGCCAAGCUGGCAGGUCUCUUACAUGAAUCAGGACUAGAAUGUCAUCCCUUUAAGGUUGGUUGGUAUAAUGCUAAUGUAAAACCUGGGUUUCAAUUGGAACAUCCUGAUGACACACUUGCUUUUAUAAUAAUUAGUAGCCCAUCAUUUUUUGAAAAAUGUUUCAUACCAUAUGUACGCAAUAGCAUUGGAAACAGUAUCAAUCAAGAUUAUCUAGAUCAAGCCUUACGGUCAUGCCUUACAAGAGCUAUUCAAUCAUUUCCAGAUCAGAAGACCAGUGUACUAUAUGAUUAUGAGAUGAGACAAGGAACAAGAAGACCAAAAGUCCUUGUUCAAACAGCUGGACAUGUUUCUGGUGCAGUUUACUUUUAUCAGAAGACAGAUAUUUUGGAUCCACCUUGGCCGGUAGAUAAAGCAAUUUAUGGAGUAUGUCUACAUCCUAAAUAUAUUGGAUGGUUUGCCUUAAGAGCAGUUAUCAUAUUUCAGAAUGUCUUGGUUCCAAAUUUAGACUUUAAACCACCAAAGGAUAUUCUUGAGGAAGAGGGAAAAAAAAUCGAUCUUUUGAAUCGAUACAACAAUAACUGGCAAGAUUGGAGCUUUCGGGAUGUCGUGAAACCGGCAGAACGAUAUUCUGAACUACAACAGAAGUACUUUAGCACACGACCUUCUGAGAGAAGUGAUUUAAUAGAAUUCAUUAGAACCAAUUGAAAGUCGCGCGUAGCAAAAAAUGACUUAAUGCUUGGCCAACGUUGUUUUUUUUCUUGUAUAAAUUCAUGGCAUAUAGAGAAUGCGCAAGAAGGCUUUAUAUGACAUGAAAAUAUGCCAAAUUGUAUUUACAUUUAACAGGAAAAAAAAAUCUAUGAACAUGGUAGUAUUGGUAUCAGUAAACGUUGCUCCAUUGAUAA